AUGUAAAGGUGAAAGGUGAACAUCCGGGCAUUGCAAGGUGUUGUGCGUCCGCCAUUUUGCGUGGGAAGAACCUCGUCGACUCAUACUAGAGUCAGAGUCGGUCUUUUUUUACACCACAUUGUUCCUAGAACUUAUUAGUCAGGUCAAGAUACAGUCAUGGGACGGAAGAAGAAGAAGCAAAUGAAGCCUUGGUGCUGGUAUUGCAACAGGGAGUUUGAAGAUGAGAAGAUUCUUAUGCAGCACCAGAGAGCAAAGCACUUCAAGUGUCAUAUAUGUCACAAAAAGUUGUACUCGGGACCGGGGUUAGCAAUUCACUGUGUACAGGUACAUAAAGAAACAGUCGAUGCAGUACCAAACUCCUUACCAGGGAGAGCGGACAUCGAGUUGGAAAUCUACGGGAUGGAGGGGAUUCCAGAAAAGGACCUGAAGGAGCACGAACGACAGAAAAUAGCUGACGAGGCAGCAGAAGCGGGAGGGGCGGGGCCGGUACCAAAGAAACCGAAGACAGACGCGGGAGAGGGAACAUCGUCGCAGCCGCAGGGCCAGAUGCCCACGCCAGCUGCGUCCAUGGCACCUGGGCCUGUUCCAGGUGUUCCACCUGCCAUGCAGCCCAUGCCAGGAAUGCCGAUGAUGCCCCCUCCCAUGCCAGGUAUGAUGCCAGGACAGCCGGGUGCCCACGGUAUGCCUGCUCACAUGGGCAUGCCUCCCAUGGUACCAGGCAUGCCCCCUAUGAUGAUGGGCAUGCCACCAAGACCGGGGAUGCCUAUGGGUCCAAUGGGACCUAUGGGGCAUAUGGGGGUUCCCCCCGGCAUGGUUCCCCCCAUGCACGGACACGGGAUGCCCGGACCAGGGGGCCACGGGGCCAUGCCCCCCUCCUCCCAACCCCCCAACAUCCCCCCCACAUCACAACCCCCCUCAACGUCGGCACAACAGAUGCAGCAACCCCCUGCGAAACCCCUGUUCCCUGCUGCUGCACCGACCACCACAAGUACCACAGGUCCUGUUGGCGCUGACUUCAAACCGCUGAACGCGCCGUCAAACAUCGGCCCCCAGAAACUUCCCCCGGCAGUCUCCACGGCGGCACCCCCGGCAACGAGCGCCCCGCCCAACCCUGCACAGAAGGCCACGGUCUCGGCCGCACCCAGCAUCUCCAAACCUUCCACGUCUGGUGGGUCCACGGGAGGGUCCACCAAGCUCAUGCACCCCGAACCAGAGGACGUCUCACUGGAGGAGAGAAGAGCCCAGAUGCCGAAGUACAACCGACAGAUGCCGCCCGUCUCCGUGCACGCGCCGGCCUCCACCUCAGCUCCGGUGCAGAUGCCCGGCCAACACUCCGCGCCGCCUGUGUCCGCACACUCCAUGGGGGGUCCUCCCGGUCACGGCAUGGCGCCACCGGGUCACGCCGGGCCGCCUUUCGGAGGUAAUAUGAUGCCGCCCGGUAAUAUGCCGCCGAACAUGCGGCCGCCGAUGCCACCGCCAAUGGGCCAUCCAGCAGGAAUGGCUGGGCCUCCGCCGCAGGGGAUGGGCAUGGGGCCAGGGGGGAUGCCGUUUGGUGGCCCCCCUCGUGGACCCCCCAACAUGCCUUUCCAGGGGGGUCCGGGUAUGCCCCCUGGAAUGAGACCGCCAAUGAUGGCACCCCAGGGCCGGUACUAGCAGAGGCAGCGCUGCGACGACGUUUUCGUGCACAGUUAAGUGCCUGUACUGUAUCCAGUGGAGGAACAUUAUUGCAGCAGAAACACAGAAGAAGGGACAAAGCUU